AUGCAAUGCAAAUCGACUGCGAAACCACCCAUCCGAAUCGUGGCAAAGAGCUUGCAGGCGAAUGGGCCAGUGUUGCUGGGGCGGACUUCCCGGCCAGCGCUUGGUGCAGGAGAGUUGGGAGAGCUGACAAGCUACUUGCCUUGGCUCUCGUUGAGCUUGGCAGUGGCAUUUUCACGGAAGCGAAGGCGUCGCUUUGCCUUCUUGAAUAGAGCGGAAGAUGUGCUGCGCAACUCAGGUCUACUUGGGCGUCGGCAUUUGCAGCUGCGCCCUUUGGAGUGCGGGUUUGGGGCGGAAGUGCGAGGCAUCAACGUGCCAAGCGACCUGACUGCAGCUGCGCUGCGGAGAGCUUUGUGGCAGCACGGGUUAUUGAUCUUCCGCGGCCAAGAUCUGCUGCAAGAGGACUUGCUCCGCCUGGCCCAAGUCUUCGCCGAGGCGCCGCAGCUGGGAGUCUACCACGUGAAGGACCGAGACCCAACGCCGCGAGGCCAAGACUUUUGGCAUUCCGACAAUUCCUAUGCCGCAGUGCCGGGUGGGCCCACGCUUUUGUACGCUCUAAAGGUGCCCGAGAGCGAUCAGGGACCGCUGGGCGACACGCUCUUCCUGGAUGCUGCGGUAGAUCUGCCGCCAGAGCUGCGCAGGCUCUGCGAGAACCGCCGUGCUGGACACAAUCUGGCGCAGAAUGGCGGGCAGCCCCUGCCAGAAUUCGUCUCUGGGGACUGGCAAGAGGUGCCUGACGCACUGCAACCGGUGCUGCGGAAGCAUCCCAUUACUGGCCAAGAGGUGGUCUUUGUCAACGAGGCAUAUGUCCGGAAGAUCGAAGGUUUGACGCAGGAGCAAUCAGUUGAACUGAUAGCAGAUUUGCAACAGCUCCUGCUGCAGCACUGCUACCGACACAGAUGGCAAGAGGAGGACGUGCUGGUCUGGGACAACCAUCGGCUGCAGCACAAGGCCACUACCUUGGAGCUUCCGAAGGGCUGUGAGCGCCUGAUGUGGCGGGUGCAGACCCGUGGUCCAGGCUUUGGUGAAAAUACGAGAGGAGCGGCGCCAAAAGUUGCCGUGGGUGGUGUGGGCGUGAGCUUGCCGCAGCAGGCUGCGCAUUCACUGGCCCGGCGGAAGGAGAGUGUACAAUGCGAUGGCGAAGGGCAGGUUCACGCACAGGACGCGAGCCCAGGUCCACGGCCGCACUCGGCUUCCGUUUCACAGAGGGCGCGCGCAACGCAGGCACGCGGUGGCCGCUCGGGUCGCGUUGUGGACAGCAUCACCGGCGCACCCACGCCGUCGUUCUCGCGCGCGACCACGCCAGGAGCUCAUCCACUGGAUGGGCCUGGCUUGUCACCUUCCGACUUGCCUCAUGUUGUGCACACUAGCGCACUACGUGUCAGCGCAGGUGGCAGAGAGGACAAGGAACGGCCUGGCUCUAGCGCGGCACGGUCUGGUGAUGCGCCUCAGCGGCCAAGCGGCCAGCAUCGCGGCGCUCCCCGACCCAACCGCUGCUGGGCAGGCACGCAAGUCGAGACCGCUGAGACACAGCCGCAGGAGGAGCGGCCAGAACGCACUGGGGCAGCCUCUGCGAGGAAUGGAGGGCGAAGACCGCUUCCUCCAGCCAGCAGCCCGGACCUGGCGAAGCCUGCAAGACCGAGCUCCGCACAGGCCGCUCCGGAUGCACCAGUACCAGGCAACGGUCGACUCACCAGCCUGGCUGGUGGUCCCCUGGGCCACCCGAGCCACCAGAGCCGCCUGCCCGCGGGCACUGGCGCCGCGGCAGCGGCUGCCAUGGCGGUGAUCACUGAUGGACUUGGACCACAGGAGCACGAGCAGAGCCGUCCGGAGCAGGCCGUGGAGCCUGCGCAGGAUCCUGAGACCUCCAACUCCAAGCCGGAGUGGGCGCAGACAUCUCCGAAGGCGUCUGCGAAAGAAGCUCCAAAGGUCGCUGACAGCCAAAUCCGUACGGCAGCAUCAAGCGGUGCCUCUAAGGGAGGGAAGGUUAGUCACACCGAAAGGAGUAAGUCAGAGUUCAGGUCUGCGGACAUCUCGAGCAGCCAUGGACCCGGGGCGGAGGGCGACCCUGUGGGUUUUCUGCUUGGCGCUGAGAACUUGCCCAUGGUGGGCGCAGCCGGAGUCCUGGUCUUACCCAAGAGGCACCAGGUUGCAAAACCCGAGAAGCCCGAGAAGCCCGAGAAGCCGGAGAAGCCGGAGAAGAAGAAGAAGGCGCAGGUGGACUUCACCGAUCUGACGGAGCUCCUGGCAGACGAGGAGCUCAGCGGCUGGGGUGACACGGGCGAGGUGCAGUCCUGGCAGCUCUGUGAUAAGCGCCGGGAGCAACGGCAAUUCAAGAAGUACGUGGAGGAGUCUGUGGCCAGCGGCGGCGCGAGCGCCAUCGUAGUGGACGUGGACCUGGAGCAGGUGCGGGAGCUCACUUCUGAGCAGCCCCGGGCGAAGCCUGUGCAGGGGCCGGGCAUCCUUCAGCUGGCGCAGGAGCCAGCUCGCCGGGAGGAGUGCCCUGUGUGCAACGCAGAGUGGGCCGUGGCUGUCCAGUGGAUGGCAGAGGGCAAGCCGCCGCCGGAGAAAGAUGUGAGCAUGCUUCAACCAGCGAAGAAGCAGCCCGGAGUUGCCCGGAAGUACCAGAAGAUGCACUCCAUCCAGUGCAAUUGGGCCUGGUUCCAGCAGAACCUGUGCACCAUGCUUUGCUCGCUGCGCUUCGACCCCCUGGGCGCGCCGCGGCCCUCUCCGCCCUCGCCCAGCUCUGCGCGGGCGCCCAGCUGUGCAAAGCCGAAAGAAGUGAAAGAAGUCAUGGCUGCAGCCCCAGAGUGCUCUGUCGCGCCCUACUGGCAAGCCGUGCGCCGUGCCUUUGGCCAAGGCAUCGCGAAUUUGGACAGAGAACGGAUUUCGUUCUCUGGGACUUGGGCCGCGCGCCUCGCGGCUGUGAAGGAUCACAUGACCAGCUUCCUUGACGCCCACAAGAUCAUGAUGCCUGGCACGCAGCCGCAGGACAGCUCUGCAACUGGAGGCGACGUGCUCCAGAAUUACGAGCCUGCGUUACUGGCGCAGUUGGUGCAGCUCCUCGGCCAGCGCCCCCGGCACUCGCUGCUCCUCUCGGACUUGGGUGCCUUGCUGCCCACGCGGGGUCGCCCGGUCAGCCAACUCCGAUGGGAACGCCAUGCGCUUCGGUGUGCGCCCUCCUGUGUGCCAACCGGUGAGUCGCAGUCGCGGCUCCACAGCCUCACCUCUCUGGAGGAGCAGCUGGAGAUUUCCUUCGGGCAGCUGCGACAAAGACUCUCUGAGGUGCAUGAAGAGUUAGCCUCGAGCCAAGCGGAACUGCCCGAGAUGGAUUCGUAUGCGCUCUCAUCUGUCCGGAGUCUGGUGAUGCCGCACAUGGACGGGUCCUCCAACGCCUUGGAGUCAGCCGUUGAGCAGAUCCCCCGACCCAGCAUGGCCAUGCAGUCGCACUCCGUGCUCGAGGUGCCGGCGGUACUGGCACGACAUGCCUCUGAUCCUCAGGACUCCAUGAGCAGAUCCGUGUGGAUCGCCGCGGACCGGGCCAAGGCUAUGUCUCAGGCUGUGGACCUGGUCACCUUGAGCAGUGGCAGCCAGCCGUUGAGGCUUCAUCCGCGCUGGAUGGAGAUGGUGAACAAAAGUAACCUGAUCUUCAUGGGCCGGGAGCAGCGGAAGUCGAAAAAGAAGCUAGGAUUCCUGAGGAUGCACAAAACGCUGUCGAAUGUGGAGGCUUUUUCUGGCGAUAAUGAGAAUGACUACUUGUUGAAGCAGCGGCGCCCGAAAGUAUUGCUGCUCCCCCACCAGCCAUUCCGCCUGGGCUGGGACAUUGUAGGCCUUUUUCUGAUAAUGGUGGACGCUUUCCUGCUGCCCAUGAGCCUGGCUUGGGACAUUGGCAUCGAGCCUGUCGACAUAGGAAGCACCAUAAACUGCGUUUGCUUCUUCGUGGCGCUUUUCUUUUGGUCUUGUGAUGUUUGUAUGAACUUCAAUACAGGCUUCUACCACAACGGUCGGCUAGUGCUGGACCGCUGCAAGAUUGCCUGUAACUACAUGCAGGGUUGGCUUACCUUCGAUUUGAUGUUGAUCUCCCUGGACGCUGCGACAGCUAUCUAUCAGUAUGGCACGAGCGGAGGCUCGACGCUUCUGCGGGGCAUCCGGGCACUGCGUGUGCUCCGGGCAUUUCGCCUGCUGCGGCUGCUUAAAAUGAGCCGCCUCAGCGCUGUCAUUGAGGAGGCCUCUGUUGCUGCAGGCCGCCAGUGGAUGGUGCUAGUCGUGGCCAUCGUCAAUACCACUCUCACCAUGCUGAUUUGUGCCCACGUCCUGGCCUGUCUAUGGUAUUGGCUUGGCAGGGACCGCAUGGAGAACAACCAGGUGUCCUGGCUGGAUGAGGUACAUGCCGCAGAUGUGGCAGGACACGUGCAGUACUUGCACGCUUUACAGUGGGUGCUGACGCCGCCCUCGCCGCCGGUUGUGGCCGCUGACAGCGCCUUCGAGCGGGUUUACUGCAUUUUCAUCGUAGGCUGCACUGUGGUGGUCAUCGGAUCAGCCCUGUCAAAGAUCACGGGGACGCUGGCGGAGCUCAGGACCAUCAACUCGGAGGGUUCGCGGAGGCGCCGCGAAGUCAGACAAUACCUUCAUGCCCAGCGAGUUUCGGUGGAGUUGACCUCGCGGAUCAUGCGUUUCGUGGACUACAAGCUGGAACGCCAGUCCUCAGUGGCACUGGACCCAAGCUUGCUCUCCCCCUCCUUGCGGGUGGAGUUGCAUGUCAGUCAGCGGGGUCACUUGCUGGCUCCACACCCACUGUUCCAGCUGACGCACGAAAUCUUUCCCGAGGUCUUCGCCUCCAUUUGCGGCGCUGUGGAGAAGCAUGUCUUCGGAAAGAUGGAGAUGGUUUUCACUACCGAAUCCUGGGUCCCGACCUCGAUGCUGCAAGCCGUGGGCCACAUGGCACACUGCAUGUGGAUCACGGCCACUGGGAGGUUCGUGGUGAUUGACGGAGGAGAUCUGGAUCUGUCUCAAACAUCCUCGUUGGCCGGCGGCUUCACAGGCUGCCAGUGGUUUGCGGAGGCUGCCCUCUUCGCUGAGGCUGUGACGCAUGACGCCUCUCUGAGGGCACAGACUUUCGGCGAAGCCUUCAGCCUGAAAGGUGCCGACCUGGCAGCGACUCUGAUGAACUCGCCUGACUGCACAGCCCUCUUCUGUGAGUACGGCAAGGACUUGCUGACAAAGCUGGCAAUCGAGAGACGACUGCCAACUUGGAGGAGUUCACAGGCUCAGGACGUAACGCGAGCCUGCCUCAACCAGAACUCAUACUAUCAAGAAGUCCAUCCAGAUCCAAGAACACUCCUUGAGAACGUGAACCUGUUCCAGGACAGCAAGGACAAACAGAACUCGGACACCACGCAGCAAAGCGCCAAGACCUUGGCGUCCAAGGUGAACAAGGGCUUCGGAAGAGUUCUUGCUAUGCCGAGCAGGAUGCUGCGGCGAUCGCGUGGUGGGCUCAAAAGAGACCCAGCCAAGAUCAACGCUCUCUGGAGCAUGCAAAUGAUGAGUAUCAAUGAGGAUGCUGCCAAGGAGGCUCCAAAGGAUGCUUUAGAGGAGGUUGCCCUGGAUGCUCAAGAAUAUGGCGACGGAAAGUCAGCGGAAGUGAGGAAACAGCGCCAGGUGAAGGUGGUGUCCAUGGCUGAGUUCCCGCUCCAGAACGACUCCGAGUCGGAUGGCUGGGGUGGGAUGUCUGAGACGAGCAAUGUUGCAUUCUUCUCAGGAAAGCUAUUGCAGCAAUUGGCAGAGGGGGUUUUGGAAAAGAAGAUCAGCGUCGCCGAUGCUCUUGACAGGCUGGGUGAAAGCAUUCCUGAACUACUUCCAGAGAAGGGCACGCAUGUGGUCUUCUCCCAGAACGGGGAACGCGAGAAGUCUGAGAGCUGCUGCGUGAGCCUCAUGGCUUUGCUGCUGGGCUCCUACGAGGACUACACUCGGCCUCAAGGCGAGCAGGUCCGCCUGACGCAGAAGCAGUGGGGGCAGCUGCAGCAGCUCGUGAGUUGGACGCGGCCGACGGUGUCCAAGAUCAAGGCUGUCCUGGUUUUGCUGGCCAUCCGUGCGCUGGGAAAGUCCAAGCGCAUCACCCAGCAGCUGCCUGACGUGUGCAAUCGCCCCGAGAAGGCCUUGCUCUAUUUGAUGAGGAACUACACCAACGUGGUGCCCUCGGUGAUGGCCUUGGAGGAGGAAGAGUUGGAGCUCAUCUCGGAAGCCAUGGAGGUGCACCAGGACUUCAACUUGGCGCAGAUGCUGCAGGGGGAGAAUGUGCCUGCCAGCGUGCUUCAGCUCCAGGAGCUCGUCCGUCGCUUGGGCACAGAGAUCUUCCGGUUUUACAUCCUCUUUCUUCUGGGCUUCAUGAGCGGCCUUGCAGGGGGCAAUGGCUCCAGGUUCAUGAAUGCGCGAAAUGCCGGGUCUGUCAUCGCGGGCAUGACGACACUGCUCCACAUCUUUGACAGCAGUCCUCAGGCGAUUUAUUGGGGAUACAUUCAGAUGCGCGCGCGGCAGCUCUCUCUGCCCUGCGAUUCGCGCGAGGAUAUGGCGCUGGUGCGGCUGGGGUGCCUGGCGCGCGUCCAGGAUGAGCAGGGCUUCAAGUCCCUGCGGACCAGCUGGGAGCUGCUGGGCCUGAGGGAGCGCCAGCUUUUGGUGCUGCAUUUCUUGGCAGAUGGCAUUGAUGAGCAAGCCUUCGUCUGUGAAUUUCUGCCGGACUGCGUGGCUAAAGCCAGGGACAACAAAAACAUCGGGCUGCACCUCUUGCUGGAGGUUCUGGUGGAUCUCAUUGAGCACCUCCAUCUGACCGAGCUGAAGACGAAGGACCAGAAAGUGAAGAUGGUGACUGUGGACCUGUCGGACAUGGCUGAGUUCAUCGGGGUAGUACAGAGCAGGUUCAUCUUCAGCACUUGCAUCUCGCGCAGCAGGCUGCAGGUGGAGGAUUCACGGUGGUACCUUCAGAUGACCAGCUCCAAUUGGUCGCGGACGCACGAGGCCGACAAUGAUACGACCACACUGGCAUAUGGGCUCCAGGAGGUUCUUCAAAGGCAGAAGUUCAUGCAAGAAGUCCUUUCCUCUCGGGGUCGGUGAGAGCCCGAAGUCAACGGGAGCCGUGCACGGUGCACUUGCAGUUGGCCGCAAGAUCCCAAGCCGUGCUCCAUGUCCCACCUUGCGGGCUGGCUUCUCCAAGAGAAGCCUUGGUUGCCUGGUCAGGAACCCGCACCCCCGCAGUUUGCCAUGUUGGAAUACAACUUUUAGAGUUCUGAAGGUGGCAACCUCUCUCAGGAGGCGGUGG